GGGCGGCCGGGCUGCAGUCGGGGCUGGCGGGCGGCCGGCCCGGUGCGGGAGCCGGGCAGCGGCGCGGAGGCGGAGGCGAAGGAGGCGAAAGAGAAAGGCAGCCUGGAGGGAGGGAGCGCCGAGCCACAGACUAGCACAGCAAAUUCUCCACCGUCCUCUAGCACCCACCAAGCGGCGGCAGUGGCAGUGUCUAGGAAUAGAGAGCUAGAAAUAUAAAAUCACCCCGCUCCUGCACCAUGGCUUUCCAAAGUAGGCUCCCUUCUUGGAUUAUUUUGUGCUCCGUCUGGCUGUUCCGCUUUGCACACACGGGGGAGGCACAGGCUGCAAAAGAAGUAAUACUGCUGGACUCUAAAGCACAACAGACAGAGUUGGAAUGGAUUUCCUCUCCUCCCAAUGGGUGGGAAGAAAUUAGUGGACUGGAUGAAAACUACACUCCUAUACGAACAUACCAGGUAUGCCAGGUGAUGGAAUCAAACCAAAACAACUGGCUUCGGACUAACUGGAUUGCAAAAAGCAAUGCACAAAGGAUUUUUGUAGAACUGAAAUUCACUCUGAGGGAUUGUAACAGUCUUCCUGGAGUUCUGGGGACUUGUAAAGAAACCUUUAACUUGUAUUAUUAUGAAACAGACUACGACACUGGCAGGAAUAUCCGAGAAAACCAAUAUGUAAAAAUAGACACUAUUGCAGCAGAUGAAAGCUUUACCCAGGGUGAUCUUGGGGAGAGAAAAAUGAAACUUAACACAGAGGUGAGAGAAAUUGGACCUUUGUCCAAAAAAGGAUUCUAUCUUGCGUUUCAGGACGUAGGGGCCUGCAUUGCUUUGGUCUCUGUCAAAGUCUACUACAAGAAGUGCUGGUCCAUCAUUGAGAACUUAGCUAUUUUUCCUGACACAGUGACUGGCUCAGAGUUUUCCUCUUUAGUUGAAGUGCGAGGAACUUGUGUCAGCAGUGCGGAGGAGGAGGCGGAGAACUCGCCGAAGAUGCACUGUAGCGCGGAGGGAGAAUGGUUAGUGCCUAUUGGAAAAUGUAUCUGCAAAGCAGGAUACCAGCAGAAAGGAGACACGUGCGAACCUUGUGGCCGUGGGUUCUACAAAUCCUCCUCUCAAGAUCUGCAGUGUUCCCGCUGCCCUACUCACAGCUUCUCUGACAAGGAAGGAUCUUCCAGAUGCGACUGUGAAGAUAGCUAUUAUAGAGCACCUUCUGAUCCACCAUAUGUCGCAUGCACAAGACCUCCAUCUGCACCACAGAACCUAAUUUUCAAUAUCAACCAGACUACCGUGAGUUUGGAGUGGAGUCCUCCUGCUGACAAUGGGGGAAGAAGUGAUGUGACCUACCGCAUUUUGUGCAAGAGGUGCAGCUGGGAGCAGGGCGAGUGUGUUCCCUGUGGGAGUAACAUUGGAUAUAUGCCCCAGCAAACUGGAUUAGUAGAUAACUAUGUCACUGUCAUGGACCUGCUAGCUCAUGCUAACUACACGUUUGAAGUUGAAGCUGUGAAUGGGGUUUCUGACUUGAGUCGUUCCCAGAGGCUUUUUGCAGCUGUCAGUAUUACUACUGGCCAAGCAGCUCCCUCGCAAGUUAGUGGCGUAAUGAAAGAAAGAGUGCUGCAGAGGAGCGUGGAGCUUUCCUGGCAGGAACCAGAACAUCCCAAUGGAGUCAUUACUGAAUAUGAAAUCAAAUAUUAUGAGAAAGAUCAAAGGGAGAGGACAUAUUCAACAGUGAAAACCAAGUCCACUUCAGCUUCUAUUAAUAACCUAAAGCCAGGAACAGUGUAUGUUUUCCAGAUUCGUGCUUUUACUGCUGCUGGUUAUGGAAAUUACAGCCCCAGACUGGAUGUUGCCACACUGGAAGAAGCCACAGCCACAGCUGUUUCCAGUGAACAGAAUCCUGUUAUUAUCAUAGCUGUGGUUGCUGUGGCAGGAACUAUCAUCCUGGUCUUCAUGGUGUUUGGAUUCAUCAUCGGACGAAGGCAUUGUGGCUAUAGCAAAGCAGAUCAAGAAGGGGAUGAAGAACUUUACUUUCAUUUUAAAUUUCCAGGCACCAAAACCUACAUUGACCCUGAAACCUACGAGGACCCAAAUAGAGCUGUCCAUCAAUUCGCCAAGGAGCUAGAUGCCUCUUGUAUUAAAAUUGAGCGUGUGAUUGGCGCAGGAGAGUUUGGUGAAGUGUGCAGUGGGCGUCUAAAGCUUCCUGGCAAGAGAGACGUUGCAGUAGCCAUAAAAACUCUGAAAGUUGGCUACACUGAAAAGCAGAGGAGAGAUUUUCUGUGUGAAGCAAGCAUCAUGGGGCAGUUUGACCAUCCCAAUGUGGUUCACCUGGAAGGAGUUGUUACCAGAGGGAAACCAGUCAUGAUUGUAAUAGAAUACAUGGAGAAUGGGGCCUUAGAUGCAUUUCUUAGGAAACAUGAUGGGCAAUUUACUGUCAUUCAGCUAGUGGGGAUGUUGAGAGGAAUUGCUGCUGGAAUGAGAUAUUUGGCCGAUAUGGGAUAUGUACACAGGGAUCUUGCAGCACGCAAUAUUCUUGUCAACAGCAACCUUGUUUGUAAAGUAUCAGACUUUGGCCUUUCCAGAGUUAUAGAAGAUGAUCCAGAGGCUGUCUACACUACAACCGGUGGAAAAAUUCCAGUGAGAUGGACAGCUCCAGAGGCCAUUCAGUACCGCAAAUUUACCUCAGCCAGUGAUGUGUGGAGUUACGGAAUAGUUAUGUGGGAAGUAAUGUCUUAUGGAGAACGGCCUUACUGGGACAUGUCAAAUCAAGAUGUUAUAAAAGCAAUUGAAGAAGGCUAUCGUUUGCCAGCGCCCAUGGAUUGCCCAGCAGGACUGCACCAGCUGAUGCUGGAUUGUUGGCAGAAGGAACGCGGUGAAAGGCCAAAGUUUGAACAGAUAGUUGGCAUUCUGGACAAAAUGAUUAGAAAUCCAAACAGCUUGAAAACCCCACUGGGAACCUGUAGCAGACCAAUUAGCCCUCUUCUGGACCAGAACACUCCCGAUUUUACCACUUUCUGCUCCGUAGGCGAAUGGUUACAAGCUAUUAAGAUGGAAAGAUAUAAGGAUAAUUUCACAGCAGCAGGCUACAACUCUCUUGAAUCAGUUGCCAGGAUGACUAUUGAAAUCAAAAACAUGCCAGGUGCUUUGCAAAACAGAGAACAAGAAAAAUCCCUUUCCAGAAGAGAUGACAGCCUGAAUAGAAAUGGCAUAAUGGCAGGAGACAAAGGAAGCAGAAAGGGGAAGCAAAACAAGAGUUAUAACCUUAAGAUCAUGAGAUUGGUUUGGAGGCACAGUGAACGCUAUGAGGCAUUUUUUUAAAGCCCAUAAGGACUGUAGUUGGGAUUAGAGAAUGGAAUUAUAGAAAAGAAGCAUGGAAAGGAAUGGAGAAGAAGGGAGGAACAGACUGGCAACAGGAGGAAGAGUAAACAGAGGUGUAUGGGAGAGGCCAGAACACACAUCUGACAAACUGAGGAUUAUGACUAAUGACAAGAAUGAAAGACCACAUCUGAAGAGCAUGAUGAUUUCAGGAGGAUGGCGAAGCAGGACAUGGCGAUGCUGCUAGGGAGAGAAGAGCCAGCAAAGCUGCCCUGGAAGCCUGCCCUGGAAGCUCCUCACACUAACAUAACCCUGCUUCCCCAUCUUCUUUCUCGCUCCCCUCUUAUACAUAAAAUAUGUAUAUAGAAGAGCAAAGGAGAAGGAGAAGCAGCUAAAUAAACUUUUCCAAAGAUCCUGCUGGGGAAGAAGUUUAAGCUGGGAUGAUACAGAUUCACUCCUACUGAUACUGCUCAUGGUAGUGAGAGGCAGAGAGCAUUCUGUUAGUCAUACUCCUGCAGAUGAAUCUAUAUGAGUCUUUGCCUCUGCUUACAAAUAGGCCUUGUUGAGAAAUAUUCAACAAAAUUAUAAUACUCUAGCCAAUCUGGGACAUUUAAAAAUGUCCUUUCAUUCUAGAACAGAAAUAAAUUACACCACGCAAAGUGAAAUGGAAAGAGGAAAGAAGAAUAUUUUAACAGGUUUUCUUUUAAUGCUGAAAAUAAUCAUUUUAGUAUUAUGGAAAAAUAUAAGGGGGAUUUUGCUCAUUGUGAAAAAAAAUGCGCAUUAAAAUUUUUAAUGAAAUUUCUGAUAAAAUUGGGAAUUAUUUUAAUUAUGUAGGACUGGUUUUUCUGUUGGAUUUUUUUAAGAAAAGUGGUGUUUUUAGAAGGAAACAGGAAAAUUGCUAUGUUCAUUCUGUCAGACAUUUUAAAAUACCAUGAUUUCCAAGGUAAGAAUUCUUCAGGAGUAAGAAACAUGAAAAGUGGCCAGUCUAAUCUCUUCCUCACUUCCUUCUCCUCUGCUUCUGUGAUCAGACGUGUCUAAUGAUAGUCUGCAAAGAGCAAAGCCAGUUUCUAUGUCUCCCUGAGAAAAGGCAUUUUGCCAACUUUAAGAAUUUUUAACUGGAUCUACUUACAGGAAGUCACUUUUUUUGCUGCAGACUAUGUGUCCACUUAAAUCCCCCUCAAAGCUCUUCCAUUUUGCCUGGAAAGGUUUAUCAGAAAGCAUGCUGGAAAGGCUCAGAUCUUUCCAUCUUAAACUGUUUCUGAACAUAGUUAUAGUUUAGCAGAUGUACUGGUAUGACAGUUGAGAGACUACUGCUGUUAAUGAAGUAUUCUAUUACCUUGGCAUAUAUAGACACUUUUCACUUGGUACUUCUAACUGCAAAGUAUUGAUGUUUAGGCUAUUAUAAGUACUUGUGCGUUAUAUUUUUGGUAAGUUUUAGAGGACAGAACUGCGUAAAUAUUUCUUCUCUUCAGGGUAACAGUUUUCAUGAGUCAUUCAUCUUGAAUGUACACCAGAGUGAUAUCAAGUUUGUUGUUGUGACACCUUAUCAAUAUGAUGCCCAUUUUUAGUUUCUUCUAGCAGUGGAAUGAUUUAAGUAUUGUCUCGUGGAGACAACGGCCUUGUUUAAGAAUGGUGACUCUGGAUAAGAUUCAAAUAAUUUGUCUGAGUGAAGAGGAGGCAACUGAAAGUCAUCGCUGAAAUAUUACCAAAAAUCCUUAACUGGUUGGAUUUGUCCAUCACUUGCUUGAAGAUUUUGGUAAAUGGUGGUUUACUAGGUUCCCAAAUGCCAGCAAUGGCCAAGCACUUUCUUUUAAUUUUCUUCAAUUUGGACUUUGCUUAAGUUAAUUAAGCUUUUGUCAUCUCAGGGUUCCAUUUUAGCAAUGAGGUUUACAAGACCUUCUCUGUCAAUGUAAAAUCUUCCUAUACUUAAGAACAUAUGACAUAUGUUCUUAAGUAUAGGAUGCUCAGCAGUGCUUGAAGAAUGAUUCUCACCUCAGUAAUUUCUCUCCAUUUUUAUCAAAAUAAUACUGGAUUUAAAUCCUAUAGCCAUGGUAUCAAUUUACCAAAAUCUUCUCUGCCUAAAUUAUUCUUCAAUUAAAUGUAGAUCAAAGUUUUAUAACAAUCCACCUAUCAUUAAAAAAAUGGGAUUGCAAAGUAGUGUCAUAAUAUCACCCCAUAAUACAGAUUUUUUGCAUAUCAUAUUUACAUAUUUAAAAGAACUCCAUUAACUCAGUUGCAUACAACGUUUUGCAAUAAGAGGCACAACAUAAAGCAAUAUCAAAACACAGGUAAUAUUUCUACUAAUUUUAUUUAGCCAAGCUCCAGAUUUUGCAUAAUUUUGCCACUGCUUCUGGCAUGAUAGCAGAUAUGGAGGUUAUCCAUGCCUGCCUACCUUUUGGUGCUGAGAGAGGAUUCAGUUGUGUGGCACCUUACCAUCCUACCCUCUGCUACCAAAAAAAAAAAAAAAAAAAAAUUCCACUUGGAAAUGGGGCAUAACCUCUGGGAAAUUCGGUUUGACCUACCUUCUGGGUUCAGCAACUGAACUGGACUGGAUGCAUGAUUUGGGAAGGGAUUUAAUACCAGCUACCUCAGUAGCCACAAGGUGUUACAGGAAAACAAUUGAAAAAAACCCAAACUAUUAUAAUGUAUCCUGGGACUGAAGGACAACAUGGUUAUUUGCCUAUAUAUUAAUUUCUAACCUUGCCUAUACUUUUCCUCAGAAUCCUUCCCUGAUAUUGACUGUCAGCUCUUUCAAGAAGACGCUUGGUUUUGCAUAAAGUAGGAAUGGCUGCACUGACUCCAGCCACGAGCCCACAUAGUCGUGUGUACCUGACUGUGUGCCUUGGUAGGGGUACAGUCUUGUUAUAAGGCCUCCACUGAUCCCUACAGGUUAGGGAAACUGUCAGCUGUUGACUUCCAGACAUCUUCAGGGCUCUAUAUCCAAUAUGUACAGUUCAAAUGCUUCCCAAAUCAGGGCAGUGCACUAUGAUGAGUAGUCUGAAUUUGUCCUAUAUUCUGUGAAUUUACUUCUUUCUUCUGUCAAUCUUCUCUCUCUGUCUUGCUCUUCUUUCUCCUGAAGUAGAAUGACCAGGGUUGCAUGAAUUAUUCAAAAUAAGAGUGUAUGAUGUAUUUAUACAGUGAUAUAGCGAUACAGUGUAUUUAUACUGUGAGAUAUAUAUAUAUAUAUAUAUAUGUUUUCUAUUUUGUUUACCGUUUCUUUCUUAAUCAUCCAAAUAUCCUGUUUCACAUUUUUACUUGAUACUGGGUGCUUGACUUGAUGUUUUCAGAGAGAUGUCUGAUGUUAUUCCUUAUUUUCCCUUCUCAAGCAAUAGUUACUUUGUAGUCCCUGCCUGUGUGUGUAUAGUUAGACUUAUUUACCCCUUGUUCAGUUCUUUCUGUUUUAUCAGAUUUCAUCACUCCUUCAUGGCCAAGGGCAUUGAAAAUUGUGAAAUCAUUUUGCAGUUCUUUUCAGGCAGUUCCUUACUGAUUUAACUUACAAAAAACAUUUUGUAUCAAACUUUCUCAUCUGACAGUUCUUAGAUAUCACAUUUCCCUUUACUACUAAUAAAAGUACUUUUGCUUAAAUCCUCUGUUUUAUUUCAUGCUUCAGUCCAGGAAUCUUUUUAAACACUUAAGUGCCCAAUUUCUAUAAUUUUCUUCUAUGUUUUUAAGGUUGGGGGAGGGAGAACUUCAAACUAUUGUCAUUUGUGUUUUAUUAACUGGAAACCUUAAAAGUAGAUUUCAGACCUUCUUAUUGCUUCCUGGUUCUGACAGAGUGGUUAUACAACCUUCAGAGUGAAAAAUUGCUAAGGGCUAGAUCCAUAAACUGCAUCUAGGAAUGCCUUUAGCCUCUUAGAUCUCCUGUCUCCUUGUGAAAGAUGUAAACCCAGACUAGUCACAUCCCUCUACACUGAAAGGGAAAACCUGGGUGUUAAGCAACAACCUCCACCAACUCUUUCAUACUGAGCAGGGAACAGUCUGAGUGAACAGGAGAAACAUCCAGAUGGGGAGAAACAUCCAUUAAACCAGGGAGUGGUGUACUGAUAUUGGAAUAUUUUUCAACACUGCCUUAUUAAUGGGACUGUAAGGUGCUGACUGCAGCUAUUUCUCUGUUGAUCCCACUGUUUCCUGCAGUGAGCUGUAGAACCAAACUAGAAUGCUGAGGUCACAAUCCUUCUUUCUCUAGCACAGUGAAUGUUAAACUUUCAGGGUUAGGCAACAACUGAGUAGACUUUAGGGAACUACCCUAUCAGCAUGAACACACAUUUAGCCACUUCUGUUUAAGCGCAAGUCUAAAGUGGGGUCUAAGUUACAGCACUGGUGAUAGCAGUGAAAAGAAUUUGAAUCCCAGUUUGCAGACCUGUUAAACUUGAUUGUGAGAAAGGACUAACUUUAUAUAACCCAUAUAGAAUCUUCACUCAAAUGACAUUCUUGCAAUCCUCCAAAACCUAUGCUUGGUCUGCACAAGUGUUGUGCCAUGACCCAUGUUACCAUGUGAAUACUGACAAUACCUAAAUGUAGACAGGUGAGUAGACCCUAUGAGUUAUAAAUAUUCAUAAUAUACCAAAAAUCUUAGAUAGUGGGAAAAAGGAGUGAGCAACAUAAGUGAACCAUGACUGACAUUUAGUGUUUCUCAAGCUAUUGUAUGUUCAAUAUUUGAGAGAAAGAACUGAGAGCACAUUUAUUUAUUUAUUUAUUUAUUUAUUUAUUUAUUUAAUGUUUUAGAAACACCUCCACUUGCCAAUAUUAAAAGAAACUACUAAAAGAAACACAAACCAAACAACAACAACAACAAAAAAUCAAACAAAGCCCCCCCCCACACCACAGUUAAGUACUGUGCUUAUUUUUUGUAGUUAUAAAAGUAAUUCUAUCAAAACAUAUAGCUACACUAAUCUGGCCAGUGACAAAAGUGAACCAACUGCCAGAGGAGGUUUGGGAUGAUGAAUUUCCAUCCAUUCCAUUACAUCUUAGGUGCCUGUAAAUCCUUCUCUGAACCAGUAGAAGUCUGAGAACUAAUAAGCCAAAAAUUAAGACCCUGCAAACUAUCAAAUCAAACUGCCCUGUGAUUUUUUAAAAAAGAACAAGCUCUGAAUGAUUGCUAUCUUUAUCUCUGUCAUCUAUAUCUAUGCAUCUACAUUAAUACAAGUUUUUGUCUAUAUCUAUAUAGACAUAUAUCUAUAUCUAUAUCUGUGUAUCAAUACAGGCUAGUUCACACAUUUGUAAUUAUUUGCUUCCUCAGUUUUUUAGAUAUAUAUAUUGGCACAGUGCUUCAGCAUUUCUUGUUUUGAUGAUAUUAACAUUAAUGGGUUCUACUUUUUAACUGAUAAUUAUUAAUUGAAUAAGGAUGUCAGGUAGCAAUAAAAUAAAAGACAAUGAAGAGAAACUUGGGAUUAGGGAAAAAUUCAUAACAAAUCCCAGGUCAGCCUUUCAUUCCUGGUGUGUACAUUCCUGGUGUGCACAAUACUUUUUGCAUAUAAUGCCAAAAUGGCACAGAAGGUAGAUUUUUAUGCACUGGCACCAAAUAACAAUAAAGCUCUUUCAAGACCUCAUAUACUCAGAGACAUAAGGAGCUUGUAGAAGCCUCUGUCUUUAAACUUGUCCAGAAACAUCAAAGUGAUAAUUUUAUGCCAAUUCUGAUAUUGUGUGUUCACGCCAGAUCCUAGAAAAAUUCCCCUUCCUUGUUCAAAGCACAUGUCACCAGCCCUUUCUAGCUCUUUUCUUUCUAUGUAGUACAUGAUUGAAGACUUCAUUGGUUGUUGGUCGCAGACUUACUCAUGAAAAAUGUCUUUUUAGUUGUGUUUUGACUGUAAACUACACUUACAUUAUUGAAAGACCUGUUUCAAUCUUUUUUCUAUUCCAAAACCCAGAUUUAGGAAGUGAUAGAUGACUGAUUGAUUCUUCAGGAAAAAAAAAAACAAAACUACUUCUCUUAAAGAAAAACAUUUCCUAUAACAUACCUUUCCUCUAAGGUUUCCAAAAGUUAGGGAUCUCAAUUUGAAGCCAUUUAUGGGACUCUAACUUUUUUGAAAGUACUGAUUUCCAAACUUCUGAAAUACCGUAAUUCUCAAUUUAUUACAAACUAAAAAAAAAAAUAUAAAAAGACAUCUUUAAAAGUAAAAGGAAAAGACUUAGUUAGUGAAUUUUCUUUGACAUUUUAGGGCCUUGAUUUAUAUUACGCUCGAGUUCUCUCUUUCUUAUAAAUGCAUACACAUAUGUUUGCACUUUCACAGAGAAGAAUCAUAGAAUGAGAACAAUUUAGUUUGGAAAUGGGUUAGAUUGAGUCUAACCCUUAACCUAUUACUGCCAUGUCCACCACAAGAUUAUGUCCUUAAGCACACAUCAACACAAUUUUUGAUACCUCCAGGGACGAUGAUUCCACCGCUUCCCUUUUCAAAUGCUUGAGAACAUUUUCCAUUAAGAAUUUUUUCCCAGUACCCAAACUAAACCUCCUCUGGCACAACUAGAACCAGUUGUUACCCAGGAGAAGAGACCAGCUUCCCUGUCACUACAACCUUUUUUCAGGUGGUUGUAGAGAACAACGUCCCCCUGAGCCUCCUUUUCCCCAGGCUAAACAACCCCAGCUCCCUCACCUGCUCCUCAUUAGAACUGUUUUCUUGACUUGACCAACUUUGUUGCCUUAUUCUGGAUGAACUUCACCUCCUCAACGUACUUGUGGUGAGGUGCCCAGAACUGGACACAGUCCUCAAUGUGGCGCCUCACAAAUGACAGGGGAAGGAGGACAAUCACUGCCACAGUCCUGCUGGCCACAAUACUUUUGAUAAAAGCCAGGAUGCCAUUGGCUUUCUUGGUCACCUGGGCACAAGUCUGGCUCAAGAUCAGCUGGCUGUUGACCAGCACCCUCCUGUCCUUUUCUGCUGGGCACCUUGCCUGACACUCUGCCCCAGCCUGUAGUGCUGCAUGGAUUUGUUGUGACUGAAAUGCAGGACCCAGUGCUUUGCCUUGUUGAACCUCAUACAGGUGUCCUUGCCCAUUGGAUCCACUCUGUCCAGAUCCUUCUGUAGCACCUUCCGAGCCUCUAUCAGAUCAACAAUUCUGCCCAACUUUGUGUGAUUUUUGAAGUGACUGACAGUGCACUCAAUUUCCUCAUUAAGAUCAUUGUUAAAGAUUAAAUAGAGCUGGCCCAAACACUGAGCCCCAGGGAAUGUCACUGGUAACUGUCCGCCAAUGGAAUUGAACUCCGUUCACCAUCACUUUCUGGGCCAGCCAUCCAGGUAAUUUUUACUCUGCAAACACCUUCCACACCAUGAGCAGCCAGUUGUCCCGAGAGAAUCCUGUGGGAAAUUGUGUCAAAGGCCUUACUAAAGUCCCAGUAGAUACCAUCCAUAGCCUUUUCCUCACCCACUAAACUGGUCACCCUGUCAUAGAAGGCAAUCAGCUUGGUUAAGGUAGACCUGCCUUUCCUAAACCCCUGAUGGCUGGGUCUGAUCCAUUGUCUUCCAUGUGCCAUGUGAUCUCAGACACGUUGAUCUGGUCCAAGACCUUCCCCAGCACUGAGGUCAGUUUUCUUGUAGAUAGGUGUCCCUUUUGUUAAUCUGCAGUAAUCUGUGACUCCCCUGCUGAGCCAAGAGUGUUGAAAAAUGAUGGCUUAGUGAAGUCUAAGCCAUUUUCUAGUAGCUCUUCUAGUAGCUCCUCUGUACCCUCAGGUGAAUCCCAUCCAGGCCCUGUAACACUUUUGUUCACCAAGUGGUGCAGCAGGACACUUAAAAUUUCCCCAUGUGUUAUGGGGGUUUCAUUCUGCUCCCGAUCCCUUUCUUUCAGCUCAGAGGGCUGGUUUUCCCCCAGUGUCUUAAAAGUUACUAGUAUUAUUUUUAAAGACUGAGGCACUACUUCUGACUUUUCAUCAUCCUUUGUUACUAUAUUCUUCCUUGCAUCCAUUAAAGGAUGGAAAUUCUCUGCAACCUCCUUUUUGUUGCUGAUGUGUUUAUAGAAACAUUUUAUAUUAUCUUUUAUGGCAGAAGCCAGAUUAAGUUCUAGAUGGGUUUCAGCCGUUCAAGUUUCCUCCUUUAUAACCUCAUGACAUCCUUGUAGUUUUCCUGAAUAGCCUGCCCCUUCUUCUAAAUGUCAUAAACUCUCUUUCUUGACUUCCACUCAAAGCUCUCUGUUAAUCCAGGGUGGUCUUCUUCCUCACCUCCAAAACUUACGGCAGGUGGCAGCAGUCUGCCCCUGUAUUUUUAAGAUUUCCCUCUUAUAGCACAUCCAACCUUCCUGGAUUUCUUUCUUCUUCAGGACUGCAUCCCAAGGGACUUUGUCAGUCAGGCUCCUAAGAAGGCCAAAGUCUGUCCUCCAGAAAUCCAUACUCUACUGAUUCCACUCCUUACUUCUCCAAGAAUAGUGGACUCUAUUAUUUCAUUAUGUCUGUGCCCAAGAAGUCCUCCGACCACCACAACACCCUUAAAGUCCUUCUCUGUUCACAAACAACAGGCCCAACAGGACCCUUUUUGGGUCCUCCAGAAGUUGUGUCAGAAAAGUAACUUCCACACUCCAGUAACCUCCUAGACCAUCUUUCUUGUGCUGCAUUUCUACCAGACAUCUGGUAGCUCAAAGUCUCUCAUGAGAACAAAAGCCAUGUGAGACUUCUCUUAGCUGCUUGCAGAGUAUUUCAUCCAGCUCUUCAUCUUGUCUGGGUGGUUUCUAAGAGAUUCCCUGUUGGAUAUUCCUUGAUAUUCCUUGUUGGCCUUUCUUCCAUUCCUCACUUGUAAAGACAACCCUGUCAUCACCAUCAUUAAAUUCUAGGCAAUCAAAACAUUCCCAUCCUUGCCUACCCCUUCUGAAGAGUUUUUUGCCAUCCAUUGCAGCACUCCAGUUGUGUGGGUCUUCCCGUCAUAUUUCUGUGAUGGCAAUUAUGUCAUAGUUUUCCUGCUGCACCAUGACUUCCAGCUUCUGUUUGUUGCUCAUGCUGCAUGCAUUGGUGUAGAUGAAUAGCCAGGGAAGUCUCUCAACUUUAAUAUUACAGAUGAACUUUUAACCAGUGGACAGCCAUUCUAAUCAAAGCUGAAGUAUCAAGGAAAACAAAUUGAGAUGGUCAGUUUGGAGGCAGGUUUUUCUAAUAAAUACAAGGAGUUGGUUAUAUGCAUCAUUAAAUAUUUCAGCUAAGUGAAACUUAGAAAAUGCAUUGUUGUCAACCAUAAUUAAUACCAAUUUGGACAGGAAUAUUUCAAACACUACUGUAGUAGGUCUUGGUUGCUAGAGACAGCAGAAAUUUCUAUGGGCAGUUCAAGAUACACAGUUUUCUUAUUAUAAAUUUCUUAUUAUUUAUAUUGUUAAGAAUUUGCCAAUUAAACAGUAAAAGGAUACGGACCAUGUUCUUUCUAAAACUUCAUGUUUUAAUGUUUUCCCAUGUAUGUUGAAAACACAACUUAUAGCUUUGGCUUCUAACUUAUAGAAAAAAUAGGCAAUGCUCAUUGAAUAAGAUAAGUUUAGGCUUUUGUAGAUCAUUCAAAUUAAGUUUAAAAUUAGUCAAACAUAUUAAUAUUAUUCAUCUCAGCCAAAUAAAAAUUUAGAAAUUGUCACAUUGGUCUAUUCAGAAUUAUAUUUUAUCUGUGCAGGUAUGAAAACUGUACAUUCAUUUUGAUAGUGAAUAAAAAUGAAAUAUUUGGAUAUUUGUGUAAUCACAAUUUAAUUAUCACUAGAGUUGUGCAUAAUUUCUUAUGUACAACUAGACAAAAUUCCUGGGCAAAAGCUUAAAAGUUGUCUCUUAGUUUACCAGAAACAUUAUCUAUCUACCCAUGGAUGCACACAGAUAUUCAAGCACACAUUCAUAAAUACAUGUAGAGAAGUCUGUAAAAAUGACUUGUCUUUGUUUAUUUUCUCAGAAACUAGAGAUAUGUUAAGAAUAAAAUAAUUUAAGUAAA